CGAUAAGGCGUACAGCGCCUUCGGUCCGGACACAUACUUUUAGUCCGCCCGUCAGUGCCGCGUUUUCGACGUAUGUGUGGGUCGAGUCCAUCGUAAUAACGUAACGUCGACAGCGUUUACUACGACCAACGCAAACGGAAAAUGCGAGUCCUUGCGCUGUAAACGAGUCGCAGUCCGUUUCCGCCAACGUGACCGUCACGCACAACGCUCAACCACCGGUGGAACGCGAACGAAUGUACAAAAAAUGAAUUAGCAGUACAAAAUGCAUCAUCUACUGAAAUAUAUUUUUGUAUCUAAUCAUUGUUGCUGUAAAAUGUACUUACCUCAAUGCAGAAUGUACUUUCCAGCUGUUCUUCCCAAUUUCAAUAGAACUUUUUUGUCAGUACGCUUAUUCAAAAAUCACCGAAUUAUGUCAAAUGUUUACUUUGCAGAUGACAGAUUUUCAAAGCGCCAUAAUAAAUUGAAAGACGCUAUUCGAGAUAAACAUAUUAUAUUACAAAAAACCAAACAAAAAUUACAAACCAAAAGUAAAUUUAUAUUAGAUGAUAUCAAGGAGACUAAAUCAAAGGUACGGGAUACUAUAAAAGAGAAUGUUUGGACGAUCCCAAAUAUGUUAUGUAUGACUAGAAUAGUUUUAUGUCCUUAUUUGGGAUACCUUAUUGUCAAUGAAAACUUUGGGUAUGCUCUCAGUUUUGUAGCCAUAGCAAGUAUAACUGAUUUAAUUGAUGGAUGGAUUGCCAGAAAUUUUAAAGGUCAACAAUCAAAAUUGGGUAGCUUUUUGGACCCAAUGGCUGAUAAAGUACUCGUGGGUACUAUGUUUUUCACAUUAACUUAUAUAGAUUUGAUUCCAGUAUAUCUUACUGGGCUGAUUAUUUUUAGAGAUUUAGUUUUAAUUGGUGCUGCUUUCCAAAUCCAUUAUAUGUCAAUACCUAAACCUAGAACACUGAGUAAAUUAUUUGAUGUAACCAAUACCAAUGUCCAAUUAGCACCUAUGUUCAUAAGUAAGGUUAACACUACAGUUCAGUUAGCAAUGGUAGGUGCUACCUUAGCAGCUCCAGUUUUUGAUUUUGUUGAUCACUCAGCACUUCAAGCAUUGUGGUGGCUAACAACUGCUACUACAGUGUCAUCUGCAAUUAGUUAUAUUAUUCAUAGAAAAAAGACUUAUAAAAUUUUUAAAAAAUAAUAUUUUCGUUUUAAGAUCUUAAAUAAAUGUAUUUUUUUCUUUAAAUAUUACUGUAUAAACACCUUGGCUGAGAAUAAAUAUAAGAUAUCGAAUUAUUAUUAUUGUAUAU